AGCCCGUCUCGCUCAAACCUCACCGAUUCCGCCCUGGCGCGGCCCCCAUGCGAACCCUGGCCUAUCAGGGCCUUGAGGCGUCUGCCUUGGAGCGCCAGGAGGAGAAUGGCCCAAUUGAUGUUGACCACCCAUGGUAUUCACGUGCUGGGCCCGACCGCUUUCCAGCUUUGCGCCACCUGGGAUUCUGUGUGGGGCUGGGCUUGGUGGUGGUGCUCUUCGUCUAUGGCCUGACCUUGAAGAUCCCCGUGGUGACGGAAGGAGCCGAGCAAGGGCUGAGCUUGUCCGAGACUCCGCUGGUCUGUGGCCCUCGGGACCGGCCCUUCACCGCCAAGAUCGUCUUCCUCGGCACGCAGAAGCCCUUGAAGGAGAUGAAGUCGUCCCUCCCCUGGGUCCCCGAUGCCGGGCUGCGACAUGGCGGCUUUGCGCGCUGGACCGCCGACCGGGGCAAGUGCCUCAUGGUGAAGAUGGGCUCGCAGAUGGUGGCGACUGAGGACUGCGCCACGUCCUUCACUGGCUUUGUAUUCAAAGAAAUCAACGCGUUGGAUGAACAGCUCCAGGGCUUCGGAGGGAACGUCACGAACGACACCGAGAUGAACCUCACGAACUUCUCCACGCCCGCGCCCUACGCUCCACCUGCAGAGGAGCCGCGCUUGGUGCCGCCGGCCUUGAGGGUGAAGCAGCCGCGCUAUAUUCCACCCCCAGAGGUUGGAGAGUCGUUCUGGCAGCCAGAGGCGUGGUUCCAAAUCGAGCUCAUGCAUGAUGCUACCCAGUGCUUGUCCCGUGUUGCGGACAAUGUUUUGAUGAUCGAACCAUGUGCGCGAGUGGAUGCAGCAGAAUUCCAGAACCAGCAUUUUACCCUGCAGCGCUUGUCUUGGUGCAACGGCGACCAAACCGCAUACCAAGUGCGACUGGGGGACAGGUGCUUGGCCGACGCUGGGGACCACCUGGUCUUGAGGCGUUGUGAUCUAGACCCUGCCUGGGUGAGGCUCCAACCAGUGAUCAGCGAGAGGAAGAUGGUCUUGAGCAUCCACCCGGACUUGCAGGACAACCACCGAGCAGACCUGGGCGAGACCUACAUGGGCAAUCCUGGUGUUCACUUGCCCUGGGACGUGAAGCACUUGGUGGAAUAUCCAUGGGCUGGUGAUCAUUGCUCGGCGCCCAAGCCUCUCUACUCUGACCCAUCCCAAGCUUGUUACGACCAAUUCAAGCACCAGAGCCAGGGCAUGCAGGUGCAAUGUCCUGCAGAGCCGGAGGACACGCACCUCCUGGGCGAUGGAAAGGGUUGCACUGGUUUGUGUGGUGUGACGUCCACGGACGCCCCCUGCAGCUGUGGCACCAUGUCAUGCCCUGGUUGCGUGAGCGGUUUUGGCUACAAUGCGCUGACAGACAGCAGCUGGCUUCCUCCUGGCUGUAUUUUUGUGGGCUGUACCCAGGGUGCUGAUCCUGCUAAGCCAGAGGGCUCAUACUCCCCUUUCCUGAUCCCAGGCGGCUUCAACAUCCGCACGUGCCCCAGCAAUGCCUUGGAUGGUCGAGCGGCAUGGAAUGAUGUGGCCCGCAAAGAUGAGGCGGCCAUGUGCGCCAUGGACGCGGACUGUGCGGGUGAAGAGUUCGUCGGGCGUAUGUCACUCUCUGGACGAAGCUUCACCUUUUGCUGCCCAGGGGCCACCUCCAAUCCCUUCUCGGUAUUGAGUCUGGGCUACUUUGGUGUGAUGCCAGAGAAUGGCCACUAUGGUGCCAACGGAGUUGAGUGCAAUGCCACGGGCUGCAGCUACCGCCGCAGCUGUGCCUGUCCUUGGUCAGUGCCCGCCUUCAACCUCCGCGUCACGGGGCCCUCCACGCGAAAGACGGUCUUCAUCCCUCACCCAGGGGAAGCAGAAAGCUUCCGUGUGAAAGUGAUAAAGACCAAGGUGAUUGAGGUGAGACAGCUCACUGAAGACCCAGAAGAUGCUCAGAUCAUCAUUGCUCCCCACAUGGACAAGGACUCCAAACUCAGCAUUUAUGCAGUGGCGAUGGGUUCAGACGAUAGCUUCCACGUCGGCGAUGGAGUGAACCUGAACCCACCCGGAGUCGCGGCCUUCCUGCAGAGCUGCACGCUUCCCUGCGAGCGUCGCCACGAGUGUGCGGCCAUCACACUGCCUCAUUAUCCAGGCUUUGGAGGACCCCAAGAAAUCAACCCCAGCGGAUUGUGGAAUGUGAAAGAGGCACCCGGCCCAUCUCUGUUCGAUGAUCGGAGCAUUGUGAUCGCGCCCAAAUUGACCAAGAGCACUUUACACAUGGGGCCGGUCUUCAUCGGCCAUCCUGGAAAGACUUAUGUGGGCGAUGACCCUGAUGUGCGGGGCAUCUUCCAAGGGCUGGAGAACCGUCCGACUGACGGCCCAGGUAGUGCGCCUGGCGGACCCUUUUCUGCAAGUGGGCGAUGGCGUGUUAUGAACUCCACUGCACGUUCCGUAGGUCAAAUUGGACCGUUAGCCUAGUUGACUCCACCGUGAUUCAGUUUCACAAAAAGAGACAUAGCAGACACAUGGUUACAUAGAGAUUGUUUGUUCACGGAUGUUUGUCAUACCGUCCUUUCUUCGAUCCUUUUGCACACUGCCGCCCCCAUUGACUUCAAGCCAUGAAGAUGUGUGAAGUUCCCCGUUGAAAAGGAUGGAACAAGGAGGAAGGUUCCUGCUGAGAGAUCCUGCCGAGCGAGACCAUGUGGUCCUCAUGGCUGCGAGGGUUGGUGGGACCAGAGAUGCCAACGGGAGCUCGAUGCAUUCCAUUGGAUCCAAGUAGAGCCUCGGCGAUGGACACCCGAACAGCUACAACUACCAUCAAAUACCUGCUUCAUCCUGCUUGAAGCCAGUGAGAUCAUGUUUUGAAUGGCCGAGCCCCCAGAGAAACCGGUCAGUCGGUGGUUUUUUUGGGAGGCUUCAGAACUUGGAGAUGUGAGGUACGACCGGCAUGGGUACUGAGUGGCUCAAGGCCUUUUUCCAGUGCAAGGAGAGCGUAGUUUCGGGCACCGAAUUCGAUCCACGAAUUUGGUAUUAGCUGCAUUUAGCAGUUUGUAGUGGAUACCGUUGCUAUAUGUGGACGAUAUGAUGUGGCCUAUGCCCAC